CGCGCUCUCAUUCGCACACACGCGGAGCCCGCCGACUCCGAUGGACUAGCCGGAGGGCGCGGUGGCUCGGACUGCAACUGGGCUCGCGGGGACCCCGCCGGACCAUGGCCGCCAAGGAAGACAUCUACAGCAAAAUCCUGCCGCGGAGGCUCCGGCAGAACCGGCCGGGCUCCGUGAAAUGCGGCUCCAACCUGGACGUGCUGCUGUCCAUGGGCUUCCCCAGACCGAGGGCGCUGAAAGCUCUCGUAUCGACAGGGGGCCGGAGUGUGCAAGCAGCAUGUGACUGGCUGUUUUCCCAUGUGGACGACCCGUUCCUGGACGACCCUCUGCCCAGGGAGUUCGUCCUCUACCUGCGACCCAGUGGGCCACUUCAGAACCAGCUCUCCCACUUCUGGCAGCAGAGCCGGGUCACUUGUGGCAAAAACAAAGCCCACAACAUUUUCCCCCACAUCACUCUCUGCCAGUUCUUCAUGUGUGCAGACCACAAAGUAGAAGCCCUAUGUGAGGCCCUCCAGGCCACCGUACAGCAGUGGCGAGGUCGCUUUCCCAGCCCGCUGCCUCUGGAGCUCUACACAUCCUCCAACUUCAUUGGUCUUUUUGUGGAGGAGCAGGUGGCCGACGUCCUGAAGCAGUUUGCAGCCGACUUUGCCACAGAGGCAACAAGGAAGGCAGAAGUCCACGUGGAGCCUCACAAGAAGCAGCUCCACGUAACUCUGGCCUACAACUUCCCCACUGACCACCUCCCGUCACUGGAGAAACUGGCCAAGGGCAUCGAAGUCAAGCUGGGCUGUGACUGGUUGGCUGUCUUGUUCUCCCGGGACAUUCGUUUCGCUAACCACGAGACCCUGCGGGUGAUGUACCCCUACAUGCCUCAGAACGAGGAUGAGCUGGAGCUGGUUCCUGGGGACUUUGUCUUCAUGUCUCCAGUGGACCAGAGUAGCACCAGUGAGGGAUGGGUGUACGGGACCUCGCUGGCCACCGGGCUUUCCGGCCUGCUGCCCGAGAACUACGUCAGCCUGUCUGAUGAAUCCGACACCUGGGUCUUCCAUGGCUCCCAUUCCUUCUUCAGCUGUGGGCCCAGUGACAAGACCAGUAAGGAGAGAGGGAUGUUUGAUGGACUGCUGGACAGCCGACGCUCCGAUAACACGAGUCCCGGAGACACGCCCACCCUCAGUCUCAUUUGUCAUCCAAUGCAGCAGGUCCUGCGGAUCAGCAGCGGUCACCCUCGGCAGUCCAAACGUACACUUUUCGUCUGCCGGCACGGCGAGAGGAUGGAUGUGGUCUUCGGCAAACACUGGCUCUCCCUCUGCUCAGACAGUAAAGGUAGAUAUGUACGUUCCAAUCUGAACAUGCCUCCCAGUUUGCCACUGUGGGGGGGCCAGAGAGAUUAUGAAAUGGACACGCCUCUCACUGUGUUCGGCUCCACACAGGCUCGACUAGUGGGUGAGGCCCUGCUAGAGAGUAACACAGCGAUAGACUUUGUGUACUGCUCUCCCUCUCUGCGAUGUGUUCAGACUGCACAGAACAUCCUGAAAGGUCUGCAGCAGGAUGGUAAAGUGAAGCUGAGAGUGGAACCGGGGCUUUUUGAAUGGACCAAGUGGGUUUCUGGGAACUCCCUGCCAGCAUGGAUACCCCCAUCUGACUUGGCUACUGCCAACUUCAGUGUGGACACAAUGUACAGACCACUGAUCCCAGUCAGCAAGCUCACCGUGUCGGAGUCCUAUGAGAACUACAUGAGUCGGAGCUACCAAGUGACCAAAGAUAUCCUGUCGGACUGCAAAAACACUGGAAACAACGUGCUGAUUGUAGCCCACGCUUCUUCCUUAGAGGCAUGCACGCGCCAGCUGCAGGGCCGCAGCCCGCAGAGCGCCAAGGACUUCAUCCAAGUCGUCCGAAAGAUCCCCUACCUGGGCUUCUGCUCCUGCGAGGAGCAGGGGGACACCGGCGGGUGGCAGUUAGUGGACCCUCCCAUCCUCCCCCUCACACAUGGACCAAACCACAUGUUUGACUGGAGGGAGACACUUCUGCAAGACUGAUGUCCGCCGGCCCAGAGCGCCGCACCCCCCACCCACACAACCUGAUCAUACUGCACUCCACAGACUGGGAUAGCAGCUUUCAGACCAGUGGAUCUUUUUUUCCUUUUUUUUUUUUUUUUUUUCAGCCUCACCGCGCGAGCGGUGGUGCAUCAGCUGUGACAGCUGAGGGAGCCUCCUGCCUGAAGAUGAGUCCCGGUUAUUUAACUGGUUUCAAAAGUAGUUUUCUAAAGAGUAAAUGUCCAAAAUUCACGGUAUGAUGAUUUUUUUUUGCAAGAACGCAGGGGAAGCUGCUUUGGGCAGUAUCCUAUGGCAGGGUGUUAGAGGCAACGCACAGGAGGGCACUCACUGACAUUCAGCUAAAUCAUGCGUCGAUAUUGUCAGCCCAGUCUCAGGACAUUUUGUGAAUUAGCAUCAGCUCUGCCUCUGCGCUUGAUUAGCAUGACAAAAUAUAAAGAAUAAUAGAUGAAGUAGGGACGGAACUAAAGAAUUGUUACACUGUAUUGUAUUUUUAAAAAAAGCAAAAGUGCAGACGACAGAGAGAUUUGUAUCUCGGAAGACUCAGGUUCUCUAUUUACUUUGUUUUUUUCUUCAUAUUCCACAGGGCUAAAUAGUUCUGGUUCCCUAACUGUAAACUCAGCAAAUGCUGGUUUGGUUUACUUGUCAAAGACGUCUGCUAAAGUUAAACAUCAGCUGUGUCUAACAUCGCGCUCUUGUCUACUCAUCCACUUCAGUUGCACAACUGUAAUUAUGGAAUCUAUCAAAUCUGAUGCAUUGUGGAGUCACUAGCUACAAGUAGUGUUCAUUAGUACGUUGUUUUUUUUUUUUUUAUCGUGUUGAUCAUUCGUUUUUGGUGCUCACAUUCUCACAUGUUAAAGUUGGCAUGUUAAAAUGUGUACACUGCUAACCUUAACAUCAACAUGUAGCAA